AUGUACGAUACAAAGGCUGGAAAUUUGGAUUUUGUCAAUGGUGUGGACUCGUUUGUGCAGACUGCCAAGGCACACAAGAAUCUACAAGAUGAUGGCUACGUGUAUUGCCCAUGCAUUGAUUGCAAAAAUCAGAAGCAGUUUGGCAAUGUUGAGCAGAUCCGCUUUCAUCUGUUAUUUAGAGGUUUUAUGCCCAACUACCAAGUUUGGAACAAGCACGGUGAAGUUGGUGAGACAAUGCACUCCGUCCAUGAGGACAGGCAUGAAACAGUGGAGGAAACAACUAACCCGGAAAUAGUAGAGGAAACCGAACAUGAAAGCGUAAAUGAAACCAUGCAGGAAACAUUAGUUGCUGAUGAUGUUGUGGAUGCACUAGACCAGAUGAUACGUGAUGCGGAACCGGACUUUCUUGACAAAAAGAAUCUGAAGAAGUUGGAGCAGAUGAGGAUAGAUGCAAGAACACCACUUUACCCAAGUUGCAGCGUGUCUAAACUUGAAGCAAACCUGAUGCUAUUGGAGAUGAAGUCUAGUAAUGGUUUGUCAGACAAGGGAUUUGAUGAUUUGUUAAGCUUAUUGCAGAAGUUGCUGCCAAGCCCUAACGGGUUGCCUGAAAACACAUACCAGGCGAAGCAAAUGAUUUGCCCAAUGGGACUGGAGGUACAAAAGAUCCAUGCAUGCCCUAAGGAUUGCAUCUUGUAUCACGGCAAAUAUGAAGACUUGGAUGCAUGUCCAGUGUGCUCAGCUUCACGGUACAAAUGUCCUGAAUCAGCAUUGUCAAUGAAAGGUGACCGCAACAAACGACCACCUGCCAAGGUCGUCUGGUAUUUUCCUAUCAUUCCUCGUUUGAAACGGUUGUUUGCAAACGCGAAGACUGCCAAGCUAAUGAGGUGGCAUGCCGAAGAUCGACUCGUUGAUGGGAAUCUCAGACACCCUGCAGAUGGUUCACAGUGGAGAGCUAUCAACUACAAAUACAAGAAUCGGUUUGCAAAGGAAAUAAGAAACAUAAGAUUUGGUUUGAGUACGGAUGGGAUGUGUCCUUUUAACAUGGUGAGCAGCAAACACAGUACGUGGCCUGUAACUCUUUGCAUAUACAACCUUCCUCCUUGGUUGUGUAUGAAGCGGACCUACAUCAUGAUGCCAUUACUAAUCCAAGGGCCAAAACAACCUGGAAAUGAUAUCGAUGUGUAUUUGGAACCACUGGUGGAUGAUCUAAUGAAGUUGUGGAAUGAUGGUGUCAAGGUGUGGGAUGAGUACAAGCGAGAACACUUCACUCUGAAGGCAAUGUUGUUUGUAACAAUCACAGACCUUCCCAGCCUUGGUAGCUUAGCAGGCCAAGUAACGAAGGGUUACAAGGGAUGUGUGGUUUGUUUGGAUGAUACCGACGCAAGAUGGUUGAAGAAUAGCAACAAAAUGGUUUACAUGGGUCAUCGUAGGUUCCUUCCAAAGGCUCACCCAUAUCGCCGGAACAAGAAAUCCUUUGAUGGUACAAGGGAUGAACGUUUACCUCCCAAGUUUCUAGAUGGGAAAGAGAUAUACAAGAAGGUUAGUAAACUAAGAGUUGUACUAGGAAAGGGCAAAGGAAGUGUACCCGCUCCAGCUGAUUCGUUGUGGAAAAAAAAUUCCUUGUUCUGGAGACUCCCUUAUUGGCAAGACUUGAUUGUUCGUCACGCACUUGAUGGCAUGCAUCUAACUAAAAAUGUUACCGAGAGCACGCUCGGAACAUUAAUGGCCAUGAAAGGUAAAGGAAAAGACUCACUUGAAACUCGACAGGACCUGCAAGAUAUGAAUGUCAGAAGUGAGCUGCAUCCAAUUACUCAAUAUGAUGGGAAGACGAAGCUUCCGGUUGCAUCUUGCACCUUGGAUAAAAUUGAGAAAAAGAAAAUUUGUAGCUUCUUCCACGAACUCAAAGUGCCAAUGGGCUACUCAUCAAACAUCAGAAGGCUUGCGAACAUGAAGGAGUUAAAGUUCAACAUGAGCUGCAUGAAGGCCCAUGACUGCCACGUCAUUAUGACACAGUUGCUCCCAAUUGCUCUGAGGGGCGUGCUUCCCGUGAAGGUCAGAGAUCCGAUCAUAAAGUUGUGCUCAUUCUUCAACGCAAUCUCACACAAGGUCAUAGACCCAAACACACUUGACAAGCUGCAAGCAGACCUGAUUCACACAAUUAAUCGGCUCGAGAUGCAUUUUCCACCAACUUUCUUUGAUAUAUCGGUGCAUCUUAUCACUCACCUUGUUGCCCAGAUAAAAGCUCUUGGUCCAAUCUUCUUGCAUCAGAUGUUUCCUUUCGAGAGGUUGAUGAGUGUUCUAAGAAAAUAUGUUCGGAAUAGAUAUCGUCCAGAAGGGUGCAUGGUUAAUGGAUGGUCUACAGAGGAGGCAGUUGAGUUCUGCACAUACUACCUGGAUCUUAAUAGAAUGGGAGUUCCAGUAUCUCGUCAUGAGGGAAGGCUGGGGGCAGAGGUAUGA